CAGCUGCCGAGAACUGGGAGUGUCUGAGCAGCUCAAUAUUGUAGCAGGCAUGAAAUCAGCUCUCGAUGUUUAAUCUGGACAAUGAAUUGGACUGACAACAAUAAUAUUAUGUCGUAAAAUGGACUAGACUGAAAUGCAGUCACCGACUAAACAGUGUCGAAGAAAUGUGAUUGUAUUAAUCUUUCCCGGCGUUUUGGAUAUUGAAGGAAUGACCUCUGGGAUAACGGUGCCGGGUAUUGAUUAGUGAUACAGUAGUUUGUUGUUGUAUUCUGUCGGCCUAGACCUUAAAAGACUGCUAUUUUUUCUCGGUCUUGUUGAAAGGACUGUGUUUAUUCGUCAUAUCCUAAGGCUGGGUUUAACCCUUGGUUUUAGUGUUAUAAAAAUUGGAUUAGCUUCCAAUUCUUGCCUUUCCUAGUUUUUAGAAUGUAAAAUAUUUCAAUAUUUCUGUAAUUUACAAAAUAGAGAUCCUUGUGUUUUUCUGAAGUGCCAAUAUCAAUAUCCAUCAGACAGUAAACUGUUUUAUGAAUUAAGGCAUCGGACAAGUGGAUAAUUGUAAAACCACAGUAGCUUAUACUCAACAUAUGUGGAUCAUGAUUUUCAUAUCAGUGUACCAUUUUGUUAAGGAGAUACACAGUAUAUGAAGACUAACACAGCCUGCAAUUUUGCAAUGUUCAAUAUAUUCAGCAUGUCAUGAAUUGCUCAUGUUUCUCACUUGCUGUAGGAGUGUUACUUGCUGAGAAACUGCUAUCAGAUUGACAGCUAAAAGGCACAGAACCUAGGCUGCAAGCGAUCUGCCAGGUUCCAGAACUGGGGUCCCUUGUGUGGGGGGAUGUUAAGGACCACGGUGGGGUGUGUGGGGGUGGAGGAGAGAGAUGAGGAGCAGGAGGAUGAAGGCGAAGAGGAUUUGCGGGAUGGAGGUGUGCCCUUCUUCGUUAACAGGGGAGGCCUACCGGUGGAUGAAGAGACUUGGGAGCAGAUGUGGCGUCAUGUGGCUCGUAUCCACCCCAAUGGUGAGGCUAUUGGGAAACACAUUCGGGGAGCCAGUGAUCUGCCUAAGAUUCCUACACCGAGUGUGCCUACUUUCCAGACAACCACCAGUAUCCCACAACGCCUGGAAGCCAUACAGAAAUACAUCAGGGACUUGCAGUACAAUCACACAGGAACACAGUUUUUUGAAAUAAAGAAGAGCAGGCCUCUUACUGCGUUGAUGGACAUCGCCAAGGAGAUGACCCGGGAGUCACUACCAAUCAAGUGUCUGGAGGCAGUGAUCCUUGGAAUUUACCUCACCAACAGCAUGCCGGGUGUGGAGCGCUUUCCCCUCAGCUUUAAGACGGAGUUCUCAGGGAACCACUUCUGCCACAUCGUGCUGGGGGUGCACAGCGGGGGCCGAUUCGGAGCUUUAGGCAUCAGCCGGCGAGACGACCUCAUGUUCAAACCCUUGGAGUUCCGUACUCUGGCUGACCUGGUGCAGGAGUUUGAGGGGGCCUACAGGGGAUACUGGCACACCCUGAGGAAGGUGAAGAUCGGUCAGUAUGUGUCCCACGACCUCCAUAGUGUGGAGCAGAUAGACUGGAAACACUCCAUUCUAGACAUGGACAAACUGACCAAGGAGGAGCUGCGAAGAGAGCUGGACAGACACACCCGGGACAUGAGGCUGAAGAUUGGGAAGCCUGCACCUGCUUCACCGACCAAAGACAGGAAGGCAGGCAUGGGCUCCCCCCUCCGUAACCCGGGCAGCCCCAUGCGCAGGAACAGCCGCAUCGAGAGACGUCCAUCUGGAGAGAAGAAAGUUCUUGAACCGAAGCCACCUUCAGACAUUAAUGGAUAUCAGAUUCGGGUGUGAGGAUGAUUGUACCUCAUGAAAUCACACGUCAAACAUGUCCAUAGGUAACGAUAGUGUUUUGUACGACAAAAGGUCAGUUUGUGAGAAUGUUCUUUUGUGUUCAGAUUCCAAAAUGUUUUUACCGUGUAAGCAAGUUAAUUCGUUUUUUUUUGUUGGCAUAAAUCAAACAUGGGGUACAAUGUACAGGGCAUGGCAAAGUCAAUAACGGAUCAUGUAAGUUCUAUAACUAUUGUUCUAAUGCUCUAUACGUUGGGGAUGUAUUAAGUUAGGGAUGUAAAACCCUUGUUUUCACAGCCUAAUCCCUUUCAAUUAAUAGAAAUGUUUUUAGGUCCCCAGCAAAAUAUUUCCAAAAUGUGUGGCAUGGACCAUUCAGCAGCCCUGAGGUAAAAAUUACCAGGCCUUUUGUUUAACCAGAAGCUUGGUAGUGAUAUUGUUCUUUUAUAUUCUAUUCUAAGACUGGAUUAGCUGAGACAGCAUUUAAGGAAAUCCCAAGGGUCAAACAGGUAUUUACCUUUUUUAAGAGGCAGGGUUUUGCAAUUGGACAUAUCACAAAAGAGAUUCAUGUUGUCAAUCAAUUAUUCAGAAUAACAAUUAUUGUGAGAAUGAUGUGCAUUAUGUGUCUCCAUGUUGUACUGUAUGUGUGUAAAUACAUUUAAACCUUUAGCUCUGCUGGACAGUAACCACUUUUGUAGUUACUAGUUUGCAGUCUACUUACCUUGUGCCUUUUAUGAACAUUUUAAUGGACUGUGAUGAAAGAAUACAAGUAUUAAUCUUUGAAUCAUUUUUUUAUUUUCAACGUUACAAACAAAACACACUGUACAAUCCAUCUACUCUUUCCCAAAUAGUCGGUAUAUUGAGCUAUGUCCACCUUACCCUUUUGUUUUUAUGUUCUUCGAUGAUGUUCGUCGAUGCAUAAGACUGUAUGAGGUAAUUCAGUGUCCAGUUGUCUGUUUAAACCUUCCAAAGCAUGACGAGUGUGAUGUUUUAGGAUAGUAAGAGGAAGUAGUCACUGCUAUUAGCAGAACUUUUUAAUUGUGUGGUCACCUGCAAAACCAAUUAUAACACUCAUAAAAUGACUGCAUCUACUGAGUGUGAAUGAUGAAGCUGCAUCGGAUAUUCUAUGACUUUUAUUGAGGGAAUAGAGAGAACUUGAAGCUAGUAGUAGCUUUUUUUAUAUUGACGUUGUCUGAUAUAUUUUUGCCUUUUCAGUAUAAAUAACAUUACUCUUAUUAAUACAUAGCCUUAGUCUGGUUAUCUAGCUACAUUUAAUACUAUUUUGAUCAAGGUGCAAAGAGAUUUGUUUACAGUAGUCUCAUCUGCAUAUUUAUAAGGUAUUUUAGGCCUGAGUUUCUGUCGUUAUAUACCAGCUUCAAGUUUGAUUAUCACAGAUUACAUGAGAAAUUGGGAAGAUAUAACCAUAGCACCCUGACGUGUCAGUUGAGAUUCCUUUAGUCCACUUAUAAUAGAACACCAUUCACACAGAGGUCGUCUUUUACCGAAAUAUUGUUAAUUAACUUUUAUCACGUUGUAACUUUAUAUUGAUUAAAGAAUAAACUCCUGUCACCUCCCUCCCGAUGUUUCACACAUACUGGUGUCAUCGUUCAGACUGCCCUGAGUUUGUAAGAACUUCAGCUAUGUCAAGAGAUCUACAAAAGGCAACAGUGGAUACCAUAUAUAUCUAAAAUCAAUGAACGCAUUGUAAUUAAGCUGGUUGCUGAGGACAUGGAGGACAGUGUCAGUCUGCAUGGUAACCAGUUGUCCCAAUCGGGCACAGUGCAGUCAUCUGAAAGACCUCUCGCACACGGAUGGAAAAAUGGGUGGAGAGCAACAAAGAUUUCCGGCUUUGGCUGUCUAAAAAGAAAUGUUAAUCUAAAACCAUACUGGGGAUCGGUGAAAUAUGGGACUCUGCCUUAAGGGCCGAUUUUACAGACAUGGGUUAAACCAUAAAAGUGUGUCAUGAUAUUAGCCAUUAUGGUAAUGCAUUGCUGGGGCGCAAAGAGAUUUGGGGUGCCCUGAGACAGAGGUUCACAGAUGUUGUCUCUUUAAAUAUUUUUUUCUCAGGUUUAAAAUUGGAAUAUUACUUUUUGUGAAGUGUAACCAGUCUCCCAUUAAUUCUGGCGUGAAUUUAUCGGUAUGAUGUUGCAGUCAUUUUAUAUUGGACAAUGUUCAUGCUGACUUUGAGCUUUUGAUGGAUAACGUAUUUGAUUAGACAAAAUAUAGCAAAUAAAAUAUAACAUUAUUAAUAUAACAUAAUUAAUAAGUCCAAACUGCAAUUUCUAGUUCUAAAAAAGGAAUUGCAUCUUAUCUAAAAAACAAUUUCAGAGUCUUAAAACCCAAAAAACUGUUAAAACAAAAAUAAUCUGCACCACCUAAUAUUUCUAUUUGAAAUAAUUAUCGCACCUUAGAAUCAGCUUCUGUAUUGUUGAGCUUAAUUUUAUUUUUCAUUUGUCUUAUUCUUUGCUGUAUCCUUGUACCCCUGACAACUGUUUGUUGUGUUUGGUUGUUUUGCAUCUGUGUUGGAUUAUUGUUACAAUAAAAAAAAAAACAGAAGUCACUAAGACGUCUGUAAAUAUCAA